AUGCCGAACGACUCCUUCAAUAACUCCAUGCAUCCGCAUACUUCUUCCCACUCUGCAGCGCAAGCAAUAAUCGACGAGCACAUGCUCGCGACAAUGUCCAUGUACGACCACUCCUAUGGUACCACCCUCUCUCCGAUACUGUCCACCCUGCUUUGGCCACCGCUUACCCCUCCUGAGCCGAGUCCGUUCACGUCACCCAUGUCACCCUCUCCCUUCGAGCCAGAACGUCCCAGAGAUACACCUUUGCAAUCACCCACAACGGCUAAGUUCACUGCACCUCUGAUUACAAGACAUAGUCAGAGCAUGCAACGUGCACGUAUAGACACGGCUUCGCCUGCUGCCCAAUCAGCUCGUUCAACGCUCAGGACCUUAACCUGGCACACGCUAACAUUUCACUCCGUCAAUUCCAUAACCUGUCUCACAAGCGCAAUCUCGACCUCUGCAACCCUCACAACAUCACAAUCCGCACACACGCACAACUCGAUUCGCUGGGACCGUGCAGCAACCAAGGCACAGAGACGAAGACCACAUCAAACGGCCCGAGAACGCAUUUAUCCUCUUCCGUCGCGAAUGCUGUUGGAAAAGGAACGAGGCGGGGGCAGCUUGUCAUACAUUGCAAGUACUGUGACUCAGUUUCACUGUAUGGCUGCCCGUUCGGAUAUCUGCACACGGCGUGCAGUAGCGUGCACGAAGUGGAGAUGGCGGACUGCUGAUUUUGAGAUGGGUGUGCAAGGACGGGGUCAACUGCAAAUACGGUCAUUACCGCUGAGCCUCUCGAUGCCCUCGCUUUCUAGUAAUCCGUCUGGAUCUGGUCAAGGUAUGAGCCUGGCAAUCGACACCCGUAAUGCACUCCAGACAUGGGACACUCUCACUCGCUCUCUGCACAAAUCUUGA